GAUUAGAUUAGGACAAUGAUAAAACUAUUUUCUUUAAAACAACAAAAGAAAGAUGAAGAAGGUACGCCGAGAGCUGGGGGAUCACAAAAGAAAGCGUCAGCGGCGCAAUUGCGGAUUACAAAAGAUUUGAAUGAACUGAACCUGCCAAAAACUUGCAGUACAGAAUUCCCAGACCCUGACGAUCUUCUUAAUUUCAAAUUAAUCAUAUGUCCUGAUGAAGGUUUCUAUAGAGGAGGGAGAUUUGUAUUUAGUUUUAAGGUAGGACCAAACUAUCCUCAUGAGCCACCCAAGGUAAAAUGUGAAACAGCUGUAUACCAUCCCAACAUAGACCUGGAAGGCAAUGUAUGCUUGAACAUACUCAGAGAAGACUGGAAACCAGUACUCACUGUCAACUCUAUAGUGUAUGGGCUACAGUAUUUAUUCUUGGAACCAAACCCAGAGGACCCACUGAAUAAAGAAGCGGCAGACGAGCUCCAGAGUAACCGACGGCUCUUUGAACAACACGUCCAGAGAGCCAUGCGGGGCGGCUACGUUGGCUCCUCCUACUUCGAGCGCUGCCUCAAGUGAUCGCAUACUACUCACUGUAAAUUAACUACCAACCCUCUAUACAUAAAUAUAAAUAAAACAAUCUCACUUUUAAGAAU